CGCCCACAUCGAUCUCAUCGUACUGCGACGGACCGUUUCUGUCUGGGACGCACUCGAAAGCAGCAUGGCAAGCAAACCUCGCGCCCCAUCGACCCGCGCAUCGACUCGGACAAAGGCUGCCACCGCUGCACCCGCCGCACCUGCGCGGACCACGCGUACAGCUUCCAAGUCAUCAACCGCUGCCGCCGCUUCUGCACCGAAGAAAAUGACGCGCAAACCUCUUGUAAACCGAGCCAACUCUCCAGAAUCCAAGACGAACGGCCAGAAUGUCUCUCCGAAGUCCUCGCAGAACUCCGGGAGUAUCCUGCUCCCUCCGGAUAAUGACAGGGAGCCUAUCAAGGCGUACCUCCGUAUCCGCCCUCGAGUAGACGAGGGCGAAGGUGCAUACGAGCCGUACCUUGAACCGCUCACAGACACCUCCGUCCGACUGACUGACCCAUCGUCCUCGACAUCCCGCUCGCGAAUGUCCACCAUCAACCCCUCUUCCAUCUACACCUUCUCCCAUGUGUUCCCUCCUGAUACUCAACAACCCGAAUUCUUCGGCAAGACCACGCUGCCUCUCGUCCGUGACGUCCUCGAAGGUCGGAACGGGCUGCUUUUCACAUAUGGAGUGACGAACUCUGGGAAAACGUACACCAUUCAGGGAGGCAACGCUCACGGUAGUGCUGGAAUCCUACCCCGAACUUUGGACGUCAUCUUCAACAGCAUCGAGGGCUUGCACGGGGAAGACAGAUACAGACCAGUACGCCUCCAAGGCAUAGAGCUGGCGUCCGAGUCUGACGAACCAACGACCAUCCGCUUGCCAAGUAAAGGUGGUACCACCGCUCUUGCCGACGUUCUCGAAGACGACCUACCCAGAUCCGGCUCGGCCGACACCGACCCUACUGCAUUGAAACUGGAUCGUAACUAUGAAUAUACAAUCUGGCUCUCCUACGCCGAGGUAUACAACGAGAAAGUAUACGAUCUCUUCGGCUCUCUGGAGUUAGGCGGCCCGCCUCCUAGCUCGCAAGGCACCCCUGCUCGAGGUGCAUCCAGCAUUCCGCGACCCACGUCCUCUUUCUUGAACCUGCCCGUUCCAUCAAACAACAAGGCACACCCUUUGUUGCUGACUCGAAAAGCGCUCACAGUCAAGCCAUGUCCGCUGGCCGACGGUGAUGGCGAUGGCGAUACGACGAGCGCAGGCAAAUACGUGGCAGGCCUGAGACAGGUGCGCGUACGGAGCGCAGCGGAGGCGAAGGAGCUCCUGCGCCUUGGUCAGCUGCACCGCCGUGUCUUCGGCACCCUCGCGAACAGCCAGAGCAGUCGCAGCCACGCACUUGUCACCAUCAAGGUUCUGCGCGUGCACCGUGGCGAGCGACACGAUCCCACCUCCAUCCAGACGGCGCGCCUGACGUUGGUCGACCUCGCAGGCUCUGAACGUACUAAGCACACGCACACGUCUGGCGAUCGCCUGCGUGAGGCGGGCAACAUCAACAAGUCGCUCAUGGUGCUCGGGCAGUGUAUGGAGACGCUCCGCGCGAACCAGCGCGCACUGGCACGGAGCCUGCAGCAAGGGGUCGCACCAGGCUCGCGACUGGACACGCGCGACGUCAAGCGCGGGCUGGCGCUCGUGCCCUUCCGGCACAGCAAGCUCACUGAGGUGCUCAUGGACUACUUCGUCGGCGAGGGACGGGCUGUCAUGAUCGUGAAUGUGAACCCGUACGACACGGGCUUUGACGAGAACGUGCACGUCAUGAAGUUCUCCGCCCUCGCUCGCGAGGUGUGCACCGUGCCCGCCACCAACGCGGCGCGCCCACCGCCCAGCCCGACCAAGGCGAAGACGAACGGGCUUCGUGCAAAUUCAGCCCUCGGGCCUCACCGCAGGCAGGUCACUCUCUCAUACGGCGGCGCGGGCAGAAAGGCAAGCGAGGCGCAUCUGGAAGUGCUCGAAGAGGACGAGGAGAUCGACGACGGCGAAGAGACGAGUGUCGAAGACGAUGAACCCAUUAACCCUCUCGUCAACGCGCUCUUCGACGAAAUCGAGGAACUCCGGAUGCAGUUGUACGACGCGCACAUCCGCACCGCGCUCAUCGAGGCCGAGACGCGGGAGGAGGUCAUGGGCGAGAUGGAGGAGCGCAUGCGGAGCAUGGAGGACAUGUUCGCGCGGCGGCUCAUGCGGGUGAUGGAGCACAACGAGGAGAAGAUGGACGCGAAGCUAGACAUGAUCCAGCGCUCGCGCCUGCUCAGCGGCGGCAGCCACGUCCCGCGCUCCGAGGGCGGGUACUCGGACUCCGUCGCGGACUCGGUCGACUCGGACGCGAUCGGCCAGCUCCGCAUGAGCGAGCAUGAGGACGCGCAGUCGUCCGUCGCCGGGCACGAUGCCGACGAAGAGAGCACCGACUCAGAAGUGGGCGCUCUUUCCGACUCUGGUGCGCGCAGCCGUACACCGUCCCCGCUCGCAGGCAAGGGUCGGCCCCCGGCAAAGCGCCAGUCGACGAUCAAGCAGCGCACGACUCCUCCCUCCAAAGGGAAGACUACAGCGGCGAAGAGGCCCGGUACAGACGACGAGAUGGAUGUGGAUGCGACCGAGACAGAUGAUGGUGAGACCGCAAGUGCGGCCGAGGAUGACGAGAGCGGCAGCGAGCUCGAGGAGGAUGACUCGGACUCGGACGAGUUCAUCGACGACGACGACGAAGAAGAAGAAGCCGAGUCUCCGUCCGAGUUCGAGCACGACUCGGUCGGGGAGUGGUCCGAAUCCGAGGCGUCUGAGGUUCCCACCGCCAAACCCGCCGCUAAACCUAAGGUCACCACGACAAAAGGCAAGGCUUCCGCGACGCCUCUCGAGACUGCAAAGACGAAGCGCGCAGCGCAAACCGCGGCGCGUGGACGACGCUCGACGCGCGCCUCCGCCUCCUCCCGUGCGGUCGCGGAGCUCGGCGACGACCUCGACGCGCUCUCGCUCGGGGGCGACCCGGACGACUCCACCGUCAUCAUCCCCAACCGCAAGGCGCGCGAGGAGGCUGCGGCCGGUACGGAGUACGUCCCGAAGAAGGGGGAGGUCGAGACGGCGAAGAAGAAGAAGCGACAGCUCGGCAAGGGCCGCGUUAUGACGGAGGACGAGAUCGAGAGCAUGAUGGCAGAGGAGCAAGAAGACGGUAGACAGCUCCGACGCAGCACCCGCGGCAGCAAGCGGUAGACUGCAGUGUCUUCGCGUCAACUUCAACGCGAGCUCGAGCUGUAGGGGCUGUUCGACAUAGCCCCGUAGCGUGCUUCAUUUCCCUCAGAUCCGCAUAGAACCUGCAACAAAUCAUCGCGCACACACUUUGUAUCGUAUUGAGGAACUUCCUGGCACUGUACUUGUCCACAAUCGCAC